CGCGUGCCCUGCUGCACCUCCUCUCCACAGUCACUAGCGCCUCUCCACCAGGUGAGGACCAGCAGAGUCCAGAGCAAGGCGAAAAACAUGCGUUUCUAACAAGACUGAAGUAGAAUGGAGGCGCGACGAAGACGGUGCGUAUUUCUCCUCAUCUCGGAGUGGAUUUGUCUGUCCAUCCUAACUUCCAUUGUGGGUGUGAAAGCGGAGAUAAGGUGCGUUCCAUCCUGCCAACAUCCGCUGAGCAGCGCGUCCCCUCGGGAAAUCUCCGUGUUGGAUUUGGAGGAUUUUGGUGAAGCAGGUGAAUAUGUCGGAUUACCCGACGGAUCAGAUGAAAGUUCAUCCAAAGUGCAGGAGAACAUCGAAGGAGAGAACGAGGAUGACAAACUUCCUCUCGCCGACGCCGAGCAGACCGAUGCCUUCCACGUGGACGAGGGAGAAGCCGCAGCGGCCGCGCUGAGACGCGAGCGCAGGAGCGCAGAGACUUGGUCCGGUUUCAGAGCCGAAGGCGCGGACGAUGCACCGUACAUGGAUCAGGUGGAAUUCGAGUUGACAAGUUCCACGUUCGCUCUCAAUGGGGACACUGCUCACAACCAGGCGAUGGUUCACUGGUCCGGUCAGAACAGCAGCGUGAUACUGAUGUUGACCAAAUAUUACGACUUCAACACUGGGAGGGUGACAGAGAGCUCAUUAUGGAGGUCAACUGAUUACGGGACCACGUACGUGAAGCUCAAUGAAAAAGUUGGACUGAAAACCAUCCUGAGUUAUCUGUACGUGAGUCCAAAUAACAAGAGGAAGAUCAUGUUACUGACCGACCCGGAGGUGGAGAACAGUCUGCUCAUUAGCCUCGACGAGGGGGCGUCCUACCAGAAACAUGCCUUGGCGUUUGAUAUCCUCAGUCUUCUGUUUCACCCGGAGCAGGAGGACUGGAUCCUGGCUUACAGUCACGACCAAAAGCUCUACGUGUCCGUGGAGUUCGGCCGAAGAUGGCAGCUCGUCCAUGAGCGAGUCGUCCCCAACAGAUUCUACUGGUCCAGAUUGGGUUUGGAUAAAGACCAGGGGAUGAUCCACCUGGAGAUUAGCGUUUCUGAAGGCCGGUCACAGUAUAUAACUUGUAAACUUCAGAAUUGCUCAGACGGAAACAAGGGCAGGCCGUUCCCGGGAUUUAUCAUCCCAAACUCCCUGGUGGUGCAGGAUGAAUACGUUUUCAUCCAGGUGCCAAUCGGAGGCCGAUCUGUGCAUUAUGUGUCCUAUAAAAGGCAGUCCUUCUACCCAAUGAAACUCCCCAAGUACACCCUGCCCAAGGAUUUGCAGAUCAUAAGCACAGACGACAACCAGGUGGUGACCGCCAUCCAGGACUGGCAUCAGAACGACUCCUACAACCUGUACAUGUCCGAGUCCCGGGGGCUGUUCUUCACCAUCAUGCUGGAGAGCGUUGUGAGCAGCAGAGGACCAGAGGGCAACAUCAUGAUCGAGCUCUAUGAGGUUGCUGGGAUUAAAGGAGUCUUCCUGUCAAAUAAAGUUGUAGAGAACCAAGUGAAAACUUAUAUCACAUACAACAAAGGAAGAGACUGGCGGCUUCUGCAGGCACCAACCACCGAUCUCCAAGGAAACAGGAUCUUUUGCGAGCAGCCGCACUGCUCCUUGCAUCUGCACCUCCACGUGUCAGAGAAUCCUUAUACCUCUGGCAACAUAGUCAGCAAAGACACGGCUCCAGGAAUUAUAAUAGCAUCAGGAGUUGUCGGGCCAGAACUGACCAGCGCUAACCUCAGCAUCUACAUCACAUCUGAUGCUGGAAACACCUGGAAGGAGGUUUUUCAGGAAGAAUACAGCGUGUUUUUCCUGAAUCAAGGAGGAUCUCUAGUGGCCAUUCGACACACACCUCUUCCAAUUAGGCACAUUUGGUUGAGUUUUGAUGAGGGCAGAAACUGGGACAAAUAUAGCUUCACCUCCUCGCCGCUUUAUGUCGACGGUGUGCUGGGGGAGCCAGGAGAGGACACCCCCAUUAUGACGAUAUUCGGGCAUUUCAGCCACAGAUCUGAGUGGCAACUGGUCAAAAUUGACUUCCGCUCCAUCUUCCAGCAUCGCUGCACCGCUGACGAUUAUCAAACAUGGCAGUUACACGACCAGGGAGAGGUUUGCAUCAUGGGAAUGAAGAGAUUCUACCAAAAGCUCAAAGAAGACGCGCGCUGUAUCAAGGCCAGGGAUCAGUAUGUUUCCCAGACAUCAGACUCUUGCCCGUGCACUGAGGCCGACUUUGAGUGCGAUUAUGGAUUUGACAGGCAGAAGGAUGGAAGAUGCAGUCCAGCGUUUUGGUUCGUUCCUUCCGUCACGUCCAGAGACUGCAUCACCGGGGACAGUUUCCUGAACACCACAGGAUAUCGGAAAGGUUUGUCCAACAACUGCACAGAGGGUAGUCUGUUAAAGUACAGUCCAAGGCGGCAGAAGUGCCCUAGUUGGGCCCCUAGGGGCCUCCAGCUGUUCACCAGCGAGGGAACUAUGGUAGCGACCCUCGGCAAGAACGUCACCUUCUUGUUGUUUCUGGAAGAGGGUCUCGGGUCCACCACCAGCAUCACAGUGGACUUCGGCGACGGGACGGCCAUCUCGUUCGUGAACAUCAGCUCCAUCGAGGAUGGGGUCAAGCACAUUUACGAGAAGGUCGGCAUCUACCUCGUCUCUGCUGUGGCACGGAACACGCUGGGAUCCGACCGAGUGAUGCUGUACCUUCACGUCUCUUGUCAACUUGAACAAGUCCAGCUCGGGGCGUCUUCGGUGGUUGUCAAGAACAAAGCUGUGAAUCUGACGACGGUGCUGACGCCCAAAAAUGUGGGGACGGUGACCUACUACUGGUGGUUUGAAAAUAAAACUGAGCCACUCGUCACCCUGGAGGGAGGAACGUCUGUCACCUUCAACAAAGUGGGAAGUUUCACUGUGACGGUUCAGGCUGCGGUGGGCAGCACCGUCCUCCAGGACCAGAUGACUAUUGCAGUUUAUGAUUACUUCCAGUCUCAUCUGCUGGCGUUCUCCUCCAACUUGGACGAGAUGAAUCCGGGUGUCUCAGAGUGGCGCGCCGACAUUGGCAGAGUGGUGACGCGCUCCAUCGCUCAGGUCACAGGAAUAAAUGAGGAGCAGCUCCUGGUCACGGUGCAGCCGGGUCUCCCCACCACAGCUGAGGUUUUCAUCGUGCCCGAGGGCAAACCAGGCGGAGGAGUCGUGGGGGAGAAGGUGGCCAACUUGGACCAGCUCUCGCAGGUUCUGCUAAGUGCUCUGAACCAGGACCUGGUCCAGUUCACACUCAAGCCGGGAGUGCAGGUCAACGUCUACGCCACGCGGCUGUCUCCGGCGCCCCUGGUGGACAGCAGUGAAAGCAGCUACAGCCUCACAGCCAUCAUCAUGCUGGUGGCGGUCAUCGUGAUGGGACUGGUCAUCUUUGUCAUAUUCAAAUUCAAAAGGAAGAUCCCGGGCAUGAACACGUAUACGGUGGAGCAGCCUGACAAAGAACAAGAGGUCAUCCCAACAGUGACCUCCAUAGAAGGCCCAAACCCUGAGGGGGACAAGCUGACCUCGCUGGAUCGUGUGGAUGUGCAGCUUGAUAUAAAAAGUAGAGGCUACCUGCCGUCGCACACAGACGUCACGCUCCCGGAUGAAGCGCCCCAUGUGUUUUAAUGUUGAGAGUCUCUGACCGACUCGAAAGCAAUACAUCUUCUUUGGCAGUUACUUCCAGCAAGCUGUGGAGGCGCGGUCACAAUGAAUGGUCUCGAGUGUUUUGCUACCCAUGCAUGGAUGGACCAGCUCACACUGUGCUGCCUAAUUCCUCUGAGGAGAUUGUACAGAUUUAUACGUGCAACCUGAGAAGAAAAAAAAACACUCUUUUUGACUGGAAUACUUGUAUUUUUGCAAGGACAUUGAUCUUUUUAUGUAAAUAAUGUAUCCAUGAUGGAAGACUCCUCGUCUCAGCGCUUCACGUGUGGGACUAUCACACAGAAUUAUUGUUAAAAAAAAAAAAAAAAAAGAAAAAAAGCGCUCUCUCAAACAGAGUCUCCCUGUUUCUGCUGUUCAGGCUUGUGUCUGUGAACUUUAUUUAUUGGAAAAUAGCAUAUUGGCGUUAGACAGCCUGAGAACUCAUUAAGCUUGGUGGAAUCACUAAAUCUUAUCAUGAGAAACACAUCAAAUGAAAGCCGGCAAUAUCCAGGAGAUGAGGGACGGUUCCUUGUCGCAGAUCUGCGCGCUACAUCAAGCCUGGAGUCUUGUCGCUCAAAAUGUCAUAACAGAAAUAAGAGUAGAUGCAAUCGCUCUUGUUUGGAGAACUCAAAUGUGUCAUGCAACUAAACUCAUAUUGGAAAGUUUUAAAGGGGCCAUAAAAUGCAAAGGAACAUCGUCUGAGCUAAAAUUGGAGUCUGGAAACCUUUUCUUGCACAUUCAUGUUUUUCUCCACAGAUCUUCAAAAGUUGGCAUCAGAUUUUCACCCUGGUUUCCACUUAAACCUAGUGAGGCCGGAAAUGUGGCAGCAUGAGUUGAGCAUAUUCGGCGCUACGUAUACGGAAACUAGGCUGGAAGACCACCCUGUGUCUUACCCUAAACAUUUAUUUUUUUGUUGUAACAAGUCAGUUCAGUGCCGACGGCAUCAGGUUGAUUCAAAAGAAAGCCUCAUGCCUCAACAUGCAACAUGGAAAGCUGACUUCUGCGUCACCCUGGGACGACUGGGACCCACAUGACACAGGAGUGCUAACCUGUCGGCACUGCUAGGCCACUGAACAUGAAACUUGCAACACCAGCAAAAGAUUAUUUGCACAGUCUCACCCAUGUCUCACAUGCUGGCUUUAUUUGUUCACGCUCCUUGUUAUCUGUGGCACCAAGUAUCAAGUGAGAUUGCCUUUCAUCUGAUUUCAGCUGGAUGCCGCCGGCUCUGGCAUCAUGUGGGAUGCUACAUACAGUAUAUACAGGUUUACUCGUAAACUCAGUCUCUUAGCAUUCUGAAUGCAAAAAUAGAAGUAAAGUUGGGACGCGUCGUGAUGUACCAUCAACAGCAGUGCUCUUAGUGGUAACACGCUCAUUGACUAGAAUUGAAGUGGUCAGCUGGAACAUUGUCUUGGCAACUUGGCAGCGUCACUUCACUUUACAGAAACAGUUUGUUAGUGUUGAUUUUUCAAGUCGACUCUGUUUUCAACAAUUAGAUAUCCAACUUUUUAAAGAUUCAAAAGUUCAGAGGUCCUACUGUUAACACAAGGGAGAUAUGUUUAACAUAUAAAUUUUCAUCAUAUUCACUCUCAGCUCAACUGUUGCUGUAACAAGGUCAUGAAUGUCUGCUGUCUUCCAAAACGCUACAUUUGACAAUAAAUAAAUAAAUAAUGCAACAUUCAAAUAUGGUUGCCCUAAAGCUUCAAUUAAAUAAAUGUGAGGUCAAACUUGGUUCAUAUAAUACCAAAAUAUUCAUAUGCCAACCAACAGCAAUCAUAUCUCAUCUUUACUUCUUCAGUCAGUGGUCUUCUUCUCGGUGUCACCCACAGUAGCUGUGAUGGUGCGCACUGAUCGACCUGUUCUCGAGCACACCAAACUGAUGAUGACUCACCAGCCCCCCACAUUGCUGAACUCCCUGUCAUGAAGCAUCUACACCAGGGGUCUCAAACUAGCAAUGGGCUUAUGAGGCUUCGUGAAACGUGUCCUCACUUUCACACUAGAUGACACUCUCUGCUCUUCAUUGAUUUGGAUUUGAGAAACUAUUUCACUGACACUUCAAUACAUUUUUGAAGCAAUAGCGCCACCUACUGAGCUCUGAAAAUGACAAGACCGUUUCAUGAAACCUCAUCAGCCCAUCACUAUCUCAAACUGAUCCACAAAGGGCCGCAGUGGGUCCAGGUUUUUGUUCCAACCAAGCAAGCACACAUUGGUUAGUGGAAACAGGGAGCACCAGCCUAACAAUCCGCUGGUUACAGUCUUCUGACACCUGAUGGGUGUCCACUCGAUUGGUUGGAACAAAGCCCUGCACCCACUGCGGACCUCAGAGGACCUGUUUGAGACUUCCGAUACACAUCCAUACUCAAAGUAUAAUUUCAAGAACCAUAUUUUCACCCUUGGGUAUGCUGACCUUCAUCACUUCAACCUCACAUUCCGACUUUUCUGAGACUGCUGCAUUUCAAUUUUCAUGUAUUUCUUUUUAUCAAUGUGAUUUACUUAGUCAUUCCAAAAUGAAAUAGCAGUUGUAUCGGUUAAAAAUGAUUCCAUUUUAUGGCCCUUCUAAACCUUUCUCUCUCCUUAUGUCAAUCAUGCGUAUUGAAUAAUAUCACAGCAUCAUUUUUUUAGGUGUCAAUAACUGUGUUCUUUCCACUGUAUAAAGCCCAAUAUUGUUUAUCUAUGACUAGUUUUGUUGCUUUGAAGUAUAAAUACUUGUCCACCACGACCAAAGUGUACAUUUUUGAAGGCUGUGCUGCAAAUAGUUGUUGUAAUCCAGACUAGUUUCGACUCUGUUUUUGUUCCUUGUUGCCAAAAACAACAAGAGAUUCUGCGCCGGCUCUCAUGGGAAAUAUGUUUGUUUGGAGGUUAUGUUAAAAUAUUGCUUUUGUUUUGGGCUGUUUAUCUGUGAUUAUGAGGACGAUAUAAGAGAAUGGUCUGUCAAGAACAAUGCAGUUUGGUUUGCACCCCUGAGGACCCAGAGGACUGUGGAAUUGUUCGUCUUCUUCGCUGCGAGGGACAAGGAUAGAUGCGUCUCCUGUCAAACGAGGCUCAGCCCACGCACUGAGCUGUGGUCAGUUUCAUUGGGUUCACCACUGAUGUUCCUCUUCAUCAAACUUUUCCAGCGUUGUCAGUAUCACAUGCCGGUAAUAACGCGACCAGAGGCUUGAUUUUCACCCCGUACCCUUCAAAUCGACAGAGCAUCCACAGCUUUUUUUUUUUUAAACAUCCCAAAUAAUCAAUAUGUGAAUACAAACGUUUGCAUGUUUUUUAGUCCCAUUUUUAAAAAUGUACAAAACAAGUUAAAAUGUGACCUUCAGUGUAGCAAACCAAUUUAUUUGAAAGUGCUGUGAUUAUUCAGUGAGUGUGUUUUUCAUUUGAUCUUGCAGGCAUAAACAUGGUUGCAGAAUAAAGCAGAAACAUUCAACUCAUGAUGUCUGUUCUUUGCCAUCCUUUUUGGAGGCGUCUGAUCGGUAAUCUGCAGGUGAAGGUGACAGAACUCACUUCAGCUCAACGCAAACUCCAUCUGAAGCUAACAUCCAGGGUA